CCCUCAAAAUUGAGAGAAGUAGAAGAAGAAAGAGGAGGCCACCGCUGGAGAACCACCCAGCCAACGUGUGUCACCGGAGUUUACCACCACUAGUCACCGGAUGUCACCUGCCGUCACCGGAGCAGUCAUGGUCCAUCGUCGAGGCCUUUAAUAUUAUGAGGACCUAACCACCGUGAACUUGAACCGCCUUGUCGAGCCGUAGCAGAUCCGUCGAGAAAGCUAGCCGAGAAAGGAGAGACGAAUUGAAGAUGGAUUCGGGACUAUCAUGGGCUGAUCAAUGGGAUUACAACUCUGAUCCUCCUCCAAAUUCAAGUAACGAAGACGAUAAGAAAAAGAAGAAGAAGGAAGAUGGAAGCAAAAGCGGUAUCGGGAAGGCCAUACUUGGCUUCAAAUGGAUGAAACUUCGCAAGAAAUCUGAUAAGUGAUCAUUAGGUUAUUUGUUUAGUUACGAAAGAGUUAUUGAUUCAUCUGUUCCUUGUGAUUAAUCCAUUAAGUUAUGCUUCUCUCUUUUACCCAUUCUUCUGAUUGUAAUUGUUAAAUCUUUAACAUUUAGAAAGUUUGUUGAUUGCGGUUGAUUGUGUCGAGCCAUCGUUUUGGUUCUUUAUCUUUUUUGCUGGUGAGAAUUUAAUAGCAACCUGCAGGAAUUGUGUUUUUGUUUUA